UUUCCGUUUUGCAUCACCGGCCAGAGUAGCCGAGAGUUGUGCCCCUUCUCAAACAACACCAAAAAUGGCGAACAGAGCACCGACAUCGUCUUCUUCUCGAAGAAAGUCUGACGGUUCAGGAUUUCAGAAGAAACCUGGUCAGAACAAACCUGCAGGCAAAAAACCUUUACCAGAACCAACCCAUAUAGGGCAUUUCAUAAUGAUGCUCAUCAUGAAAGUUUGCCGAAUGAUCCUGUUUGUUGACACGUCAGUGAAGAUCGGGGUCUACCUCAUCGGAGUCAUGUUCGGCUCUAUUAUUUGUGACCUCUUUGUAGUGCCUAAAACUAUUUUUGCGAAUUCACGAAACCCCCUGAAUCAGUAUUUUAUCAAACUCGGUUGGGCCUGGACUUUCACAUUUGUUACUGCUUAUAUUAUUCUCACGAGUUUGGUCUACUGUUGCCGCGAUAUUCCCAGAAUGUGCCAACAUAUCCUUCGCAUUGCUGUGGGAACUUUCUGGUGGUACACUUGUACCUCGAUGUUUGUUCACAUUGAGAAAGUUGUGGGCUUGUGUACUCUUUCAAGUCACGGAGAUAAAUCGUCUUGUGAAGAAGCUGGAAGAAGUUGGCUGGGAUUUGAUAUUUCUGGACAUGUCUUCCUGGAAAUUCAUUGUCUCCUAAUUAUAUCAGAAGAACUCAAAACCUUCAAAGAAUGGAAGAAAUUAGGAAUGAUCCUCGAGGAUGAAGACUUGAAAGAUAAAAGAAGGGUAUCGGAAGAGGAAAUUGCACAAGGACAGAUGAAUUAUAAGACAUUAACGCCGUACAUCAAGAUUCUUGUUUUGUGCAUCUCAGUAAUUUUUGUGCUGUUUGAGUUUAUGCUUCUCAUUUCGACAAUUUAUCGAUUUCAUACUUUGUCUCAAAAAGUGACAGCUUCUUUUGUUGCUGUUAUUUGCUGGUUUUUGAGUUACAGAGUUAUUUUCCGCUCGGCGUGUCCUUUUCCUUUUGUGCCAGUGAUGCCAGGUUAUAGUCUUCUCAAUUUUAUGAAAAUAAGUUAGGGCUGGGAAGGAAUGGUUGUUUUUUCCACAGACUUUGAACUUACUUUGUGUUACCAUAAAUAUUUUAUAUUAUAAUUAUAGCUGUGGCAUUUGAAAAAAUCAAUUUUUUUAUGAUACUUGUAUAAUCCUGAAUGAUGUGAUCUCUUCUUAAUCUUAUUCUCAUGGUUUUGGUUAGAAAUAAGUGCUGCUUUAUAAAUGUUUCUUUUCAUUUCACCUUUUCUUCAUGUACUCGUGCUAACUUAGAUGAAGAGCUUAUAAUAAGUUAUUUUAUAAAAACAUGGUUAUUUGCAAAAGCGAAUUUGAUUUUUGAUAAGGGAGAGUGGGGCAUUAGGAAAUUAUGAUUUCAGCUGUUUUGAGACUUUGUCACAGGGCUUCUCACUAAUUACUUACCUCUAGCUGUGUGACCUCAGGCUUGGAACUGACGGAACCUGUGCUCGGGACUCAAAUGUCUCAGGAUCUUCUGCCUCGACUGAGCUUGUCUGAGUCGUCUGUUUUGUUCCUUUACCAGUCCUUAUAGUUUUUUAAAAAGUUUCCCUCCAAUCUGGUUGUCCAUUCACAAACUUAGGUUCCUCGUCCUUUUCAGACAAUGACGUUAUAAUAUAGCAAUGCCAAUCGCCCGCUGCGCCUUGUGCCGGAAAUCGGCCUCCGCGCGAGGGGUAUUUUUUGGGCCG